AUGAAGUUCCUCAUUCCAUUGGUGAUCUUUGCCUUCGUAGUUGUUGCUCUUGGACAAUCUAAUCCUCCUCCCCCACCAGCUGGUGGAUCUAAACCACCGCCACCGCCACCAACUGGCAACCCGCCCCCACCAUCCGGAGGAUCGCAACCUCCUCCACCGCCACCAACAGGCAAUCCACCCCCACCAGUCGGUGGAUCGAAGCCUCCUCCACCACCACCAACUGGUUUGUUU